AUGAUUGCCAUCUCAGCGAAACUAGCCCUUGUGCUUAGUCUCCUUUUAGGAGUGGCGCAAUCCAGUGGGGACGAUUCUGUGUUCGGAAAGAUUGGCACAGUGCAGUAUCCCUGUCCGCAAGUUGGCUAUCAACGACUACCCCAUACAAACUCCUGUGAUAAAUACGUGCAAUGUCUUGGGGAGAAAGCCUUUGUCGUCAACUGUGGUCCAGGCUUGCACUUUCAAGCAUUUGAGGGCAAAUGCAUGAGUCCAGAAAAGGCUCAGUGUAAUAUCGAUCGUCUGCCAUGCCCACUCUACAACGAUCACAAGAACCCUGUUUACCUCAGCAGCAACAGGGACUGCAACAACUACUAUUUGUGCUACAAUAGCGUCGCAGUGCGCUUCCAAUGUUCUGAAGGCCUCAAUUUUGAUCCAUUUCGCUGGCAAUGCAGGAAACCGGACGAUACAAUUUGUGAUAAAGUCGACGUAACGUGCCCAACGGAAGGAAUUGUCUCACAUCCCCACCCAGAAUUCUGUGAUAGAUAUGUUGUGUGCUGGUAUGGGCAAGAUUAUGGAGUGAACUGUCCAAAUGGAUAUCAUUUUGAUAUAUAUGAGCGUAAGUGCAAGCCGGCAGAUCUAGCAACUUGCCACUUAGAAACAACCACAGAGGAACCAGAAACAACGACAACGGAAGAAACUACAGAGGAGCCCGAAGUCACGACAACAGAAGAGACUACAGAAGAACCGGAAAUAACGACAACAGAAGAAACUACAGAGGAGCCCGAAGUCACGACAACAGAGGAGCCCGAAAUCACGACAACAGAAGAGACUACAGAGGAACCCGAAGUCACGACAACAGAGGAGCCCGAAGUCACGACAACAGAGGAGCCCGAAGUCACGACAACAGAGGAACCCGAAGUCACGACAACAGAGGAGCCCGAAGUCACGACAACAGAAGAGACUACAGAGGAACCCGAAGUCACGACAACAGAGGAGCCCGAAGUCACGACAACAGAAGAGACUACAGAGGAACCCGAAGUCACGACAACAGAGGAGCCCGAAGUCACGACAACAGAGGAGCCCGAAGUCACGACAACAGAAGAGAGUACAGAGGAACCGGAAAUAACGACAACAGAAGAGACUACAGAGGAACCCGAAGUCACGACAACAGAGGAGCCCGAAGUCACGACAACAGAAGAGACUACAGAGGAACCCGAAGUCACGACAACAGAGGAGCCCGAAGUCACGACAACAGAGGAGCCCGAAGUCACGACAACAGAAGAGACUACAGAGGAACCGGAAACAACGACAACAGAAGAGACUACAGAGGAGCCCGAAGUCACGACAACAGAAGAGACUACAGAGGAGCCCGAAGUCACGACAACUGAAGAGACUACAGAGGAGCCUGAAGUCACGACUACAGAGGAACCCGAAGUCACGACAACAGAAGAGACUACAGAGGAACCAGAAGUCACGACAACAGAAGAGAUUACAAAGGAGCCCGAAGUCACGACAACGGAAGAGACUACAGAGGAGCCCGAAGUCACGACAACAGAAGAGACUACAGAGGAGCCCGAAGUCACGACAACAGAAGAGACUACAGAGGAGCCCGAAGUCACGACAACAGAAGAGACUACAGAGGAGCCCGAAGUCACGACUACAGAGGAGCCCGAAGUCACGACAACAGAAGAGACUACAGAGGAACCCGAAGUCACGACAACAGAAGAGAUUACAAAGGAGCCCGAAGUCACGACAACGGAAGAGACUACAGAGGAACCAGAAGUCACGACAACAGAAGAGACUACAAAGGAGCCCGAAGUCACGACAACGGAAGAGACUACAGAGGAGACAACGGACGUAACUCAUCCUACCACUCCUGAAUGGGAUAUUGGUCAAGUGAAAUGUGGAAUUGGUUACUACCGAAAGAAGCAUCCGUCUGGAGAUUGUACAAAGUACAUUCGCUGCUAUUGGGGCACUGCCAGUGAGCAUUCAUGCCCGAAGGGACAAAUCUUCUACUCAUUGCUGCAAAUUUGUCUACCUGGCAAUGCUGACAAAUGCUAAUUGAAAACGAAAAAAGAAUUUAGCGACUAAGAGUAUCUUGAAAUGUUUUUUUACGAGAUAAUAAAUA